AACACGCCUGCACCGCGCAGCCUAACGAACGCAAUUCAAGCGCAGCGGGCCCGACUUGAACCCGAGUCAUCGUGAUCAGGGCCCUCAAUCGUGAUGAGUCCGCCGACGAGACUGUUAUAUACUGCCCUUGGGGCUUGUACGGCACGAAUCGAACUCAACGCGUUUCUGCCCAGGAACAAAGGAAUGCGGUUGCAGCAUAGGAAGGCGAGCACGUCUACGUUUGGACUCACGGAUGCUAGCCUUAUCCGCCACCAAGCCUUGAUAAACGGCCAAUGGGUGGACGCAGAAGAUGGGAAGAAGUUCUCAGUCACCAACCCUGCUACCUCUGAGGAGCUUGGACAGGUAGCAGACCUCGGCAUUGCACAGACAAAGCAGGCUAUCGAGGCCGCAUCCGCGGCUUUCAAGACGUGGAGUAAGACCACAUCAAAGGAGAGACACGACAUCCUCAUGAAAUUCUACUAUCUCAUGAAAGCGCAUCACGAUGAUCUGUCGCGGCUCAUUACUCUGGAAAACGGGAAGCCCUUGAAGGAAGCCAAGGGUGAGAAUGAUUAUAGCUCGUCGUUCUUGGAGUGGUUUGCGGGAGAGGCCGUUCGCACCUACGGAGAUGUCAUACCCUCUCCUUUCCCCACAACGCGGAACGUGGUUAUAAAGCAACCUAUCGGUGUCGGCUCUAUCAUGACUCCUUGGAACUUCCCAUCGGCAAUGAUCACUCGGAAACUCGGAGCUGCUCUCGCAGCAGGCUGUACAGCCGUAAUUAAGCCUCCAGCUGAGACGCCGUACACAUGUCUUGCGUUAAUCGAACUGGCUAAUCGCGCGGGUGUCCCACCGGGUGUCAUCAACGUCGUAACUACUAAUGCCAAUAUCGCUGAGGUUGGUCGCGAGAUGUGCGAGAAUCCGAUAGUCAAGAAAGUGUCAUUCACUGGAAGCACGCCUGUCGCGAAGUUACUAUACAAGUAUGCUGCCGGAACUCUAAAGAAAAUUUCCAUUGAAGCCGGAGGCAAUGCUCCAUUCAUCGUGUUCGAUGAUGCUGACGUUGACGCGGCAGUCGAGGGCGCGAUUGCAUGCAAAUUCCGGCAUACUGGUCAGACCUGUGUUUGUGCAAACCGUAUCUACGUGCAAUCUUCUGUGUACGCCGACUUUGCCUCGAAAUUGGCCGAAAAGGUUGCUGCGUUCCGUGUUGGCGACGGCUUCGACGAGGAAACAACGCACGGUCCCUUGAUUCACCUCAGGGCGGUGGAGAAGGUUAAAAAGCAUGUCGACGACGCCGUCAGCCGCGGUGCACAGCUCGUUCACGGCGGCAAGCGUCUCGAGGGCGCGGGUUCGUUCUUCGCGCCGACCAUCCUCGCGGAUGUGCCUCAAGACGCGCUCGUGUGUACGGAGGAAACCUUCGGCCCGCUGGCGGCGCUGGUCAAGUUCGAAACGGAAGAGGAAGUGAUUAAACUCGCGAACGACACGCCGGUCGGCCUCGCGGGAUACUUCUACUCGCGGGACAUCGGCCGCGUAUGGCGCGUCGCUGAGGCGCUCGAAGUUGGCAUGGUUGGUACCAACACUGGUGCGAUUAGUCAGGCUGUUAUUCCGUUCGGUGGAGUAAAGGAGAGCGGCCUUGGACGAGAAGGAAGCAAGUAUGGAGUUGAGGAAUAUCUGAACAUCAAAUAUAUCGCUUUUGGAGGUUUGUAACCGUACCUAGUGUAUUGCUUAGCGCAUGUAACGAACACGGACGAUUCAUGCAUUC